ACCAUGGGUGUUCUCCCAAACUGCCUCUGGUUUUGCACUCUCAUUUAUUCUCCACCACCCCCCACUAUCUCUCAAACCUUUCACUAUAUAAGAAAACUCCCCCCUUUGUCACCCCAGAAAACCACAAAUUCAGACAAAAUCAAAAGUCUUGCACUCAUCCAAAUCCUCUCCAGCCUAAACUCUUGAGUUCAGGGAACCCCAAAAUCAAAAGAAGAAGAGAUAUGAGUUCUGCAAGGAAAGCUUGGUUGGUGGCAGCAACAAUUGGGGUGGUGGAGGCAUUGAAAGAUCAAGGGGUCUGUAGGUGGAAUUAUGCAUUGAGAUCAGUUCAACACCACGCCAAGGCUAACAUCAGACAGUAUUCCCAGGCUAAAAAGCUGUCUACCCCGUCUUCGUCUGCUUGGUCAAAGAAACUGAGAGAUGACAAGUUGAAGCAAUCUGAAGAGUCCUUAAGAAAAGUUAUGUAUUUAAGCUGUUGGGGUCCUAAUUAACCCCUCCUUUCUACAUUAUUUUGUGUAUAUAAUACUAAAAUUUCCAUCAGAAACAUGGCUCAACUUCCCUUUUCCUUUACA